UCAGUGUGUGUCAGUGAAUGCAUUGUUUGUGCUUCCCAGCUCCAUCUAGAAGACUGAUAGUAGAAGUAGAGCAGCUGAUGGCAGCUUCCUCUGCCUCACACUGCUGUCUGACUGCAUUCAGCUGAUGCUAAGAUGAAGCAGGAAAGAAGCAGCUUGGGGACAUUUGGACAGCACACAUGAUGGAAAGGAGGAUUUCAGUUGAUGUGCACAUGAAUGAUUUGUGGUUCCUCUGCAGGUGAAGGUAGAAAGUGUGUGUGAGCUGAUGUGAAUGUAAAUUCAGCAGCAUGGAUCAGUGUGAGGACAGAGAGGAGGGAGUCCCUCCCUCUAAAACCACUCUAAGUGGGGAACAUGAGAACCAGACCAAAGCUCAGAGUUCAGAGAUGGAGGAGUCUGUUCAUGAGCAGCCCCUUGAAAUGCUGGAGAAUUUGGAAGUGGAGGAACUGGAACCUUUCCACUCCUACCUACAGGAUGUACCUGUAACCAUCAAUAAGUGCCAACUAGAGAAUGCAGACAAACUGGAAACUAGAGAUCUGAUGGCGCAGACAUAUACUAAUGACCAUGUGAUGGAAGUGGCGACAUCAAUUUUGAAGAAGAUGAAAGGACAUUCCUCAACCCAGGGAGCGUCACCAUUAUCACCAGAAGAGGAGCUUGCCAUGUUACGGACAGAAUUUGUGAAGAGGGUGUCAAUAGAAAUCUUUACACAGCUCCUUGAAGCCCUUGUAAGUGAUGGUGUUUUGGAUGAUCUGGAGAAAGAAUCGAUAUUAGAAGAAAACCAAACCAGAGCAAAUAAGGCUCGCUGCCUUAUUGACACAGUGAAAAAAAAAGGAAACAAAGCCUGCAGGAUAACUAUCAACCAUCUUCGGAUUAUAGAUCCAGUUCUCUCCUCUCAACUGCAUCACUCCUCAUCUACAAAGAAAGAGACUCUGCAGCCAUGUCAGUCUAAAUUCAAGUCUCAUCUGAAGAAGAAGUAUGAGCGUGUGGUCGAAGGGAUCUCUGUAACAUUAAGCAAAAACCUUCUCAAUCAGAUCUACACAGAGCUCUACAUCACAGAGGGAGGGACUGCAGAGGUCAAUGAUGAACAUGAGGUCAGACAGAUUGAAACAGCAUCCAGGAAACCAGACAGACCAGAAAUAACAAUCAGACAAGAAGACCUCUUUAAAGCCUCACCUGAAAGAGAUGACCAAAUCAGAACAGUGCUGACAAAGGGAGUGGCUGGCAUUGGGAAAACAGUCUUAACACAGAAAUACACCCUGGACUGGGCUGAAGACAAAGCCAACCAGGACAUCCAGUUCAUAUUUCCAUUCACUUUCAGAGAGCUGAAUGUGCUGAAUGAGGAAAAGUUCAGCUUGGUGGGAAUUGUUCAUCACUUCUUUACUGAAAUUGAAGAAGCAGGAAUCUGCAGCCUUGAAGACUUCCGGGUUGUGUUCAUCUUUGAUGGUCUGGAUGAGUGUCGACUUCCUCUGAACUUCCACAAGACUACAAUCCUAACUGACCCUAGAAAGUCCACCUCAGUGGAUGUGCUGCUGAUAAACCUCAUC